GGGCUCUACCAAACAUGGACCCAUUUGUCUCAUUGCAAUUUAUAAUGUUAUUUUUAAUUGUAUAGAAUUGAUGAUAUCCAUCUUAUUCCAAUUUCAAAGUAUCAAUUUUACAUGUUCAAUGUAAAUUAGCCUAUGACAAAAAAAAAAAAAAAAAAAAUUUGGUAAAUUAGUCUGAGUCACUCAAAGGACAUGUAUCUUGCGCACAAAAAGUUACGUGUCAACUCGUUGGACUCAGUUAUAUGCUCAACUCGCUGAGUUUUCUUUUAAACCAAUAAAGAAUUCCAAAAAAUUUAAAUUCAGAAUCAGAUACCUAUUUGAGCGCGCAAGAACUCCUUCCCUCCUCUCUCUCUCUCUCAAAUUUCGAGUUUCGUCUGCAAAAAGCUCACUCUGAAAUUUCAGAUACAUCAUUUCCGUAAUUCAAAAUGUCGACAGUGAAAUCAAGCGCAAAGAAACGAAGUUCUGAAUCGGAGACUCUAAAAUCUCAGAAGCUAAAGCGAGUCGUAAUUGAAGACGAUUUUGAUGCAGAUCUCUCCAAUGAUAUCAAAGGGAUUAUGUCCGCGCUACACCAGAUCAGAGAAAAAGCGCAAAAGGACGGUCAGAAGAAGAAUGAAGAGACGAUUUCAAGUGUGGCUUCUGACAUCAAGACUAAGCUUGAUGAGCUGAAGAUAAAACUUGAGAAAGAAAGGCAAAGUUUUGCAAAGGCACUUUCAAAGAGCUCAAAAGAGUGUGAAAACUUGUUGAAGAAUGAGGCUGCCAAGUUCCAAACAGUUCAUGAGAAAUUUAGCAAGGAGAAAGAAGCCCAUCUGCAGGCCUUAAAAGAUGCUAUUUCCAAAUUCGAAGAAGAGAAAGAGAGGCUGUUCAUUAGAUAUGAACAACAGAGGAAGAAAGAAAAGAGCAUGAUUUCUGAACAUGAGAAAGUCUGUGCUAAUAGAAUUGCUGAAUUGGAAGAGUCCUUGAAGAAAAAGAAGCAGGAUGACAAAACUUUCAGCAUUUUGAGAAAGACUCUUGGAUCAUUCCUGGACAAUGCCUCGGAUGAGGACUUCCCACCGGAUGAUUGAAAGUUGCUUCCAAAGGCCAAUGCUGCAAGCAUACAUCUAUAACACUUGCAUUAAAUUUUUUAAAGCAUUUUAGCCACUGAUAUUCUGUCCCUGAGGAACUUCGAAACUCAAUUUUCUGGUUUCUCUCCUUUUCCACUCUCCAGCAGGAUUUUUAAUUUGAGUUCAUAAAUCAUCAAUAUAGUACCUUUACCUUAUAUCUUGUCUUAUAGUGCAUCCUUCACCAUUGGAAUGGUUAAUGGUUACCAAUACAAUCAAAAUUGCAUAGAACGUAUGUUAAAACGAGGUUGCCAACUAUAAAUCAGGUCAACCUUGGAUGGCAAAGCCUAACCCCUUAGCAGUCCAAUUUUCACAAUAUCAGGAGGUAGAAAUAUAGAAUGAUGGAUGAUCUUCGUCUUUGAAUGUCAUGAAGCAGAUAAUUGGUCCUCUGUAAACUUAACUAAAUUCCUUCGAGUGUUUGCCUUGCUGUAGUUGGUAUUCAGAAAAAAUGAUACAAUGCAAGUCUUAAUAAUUCAAAUCUUAUGCUGUUGGUUGAGAAUACUGUUGGAUUGUUUUCUGGUGUGUCACAGUUUGUUUUGCUUGUUUGAUGGUUGUGGCUUUGUGGUGAUUGCUGUCUUAUGGAUAGCUGCAGAUGUGGUUGUGGUUGCAGGUGCAAUAGGGUGUGUUGUUUUGAUGUGUUUGUUGCUGGUUGUGUUGCUUCUCGUGGUUAUUGCUUGGGCCUUGUUACUUCAGUUCUGUUUGCUGGUUAUCAGUUUCUGCCUGCAGUUUUGGCUUGCUGUGUUGAUUUUGCUGUGCUGCUGGUUAGGUGUGGUUGCUCUGUAUGGUCUGGUGUCUGCAGUGAUGUUUGUAGUUGAUGUCUUUUGUUUUGUUGUGUUGUUGCUUUGGCUUUUGGAUUUUCAUGGUUUAGUUUGAGGUCUUGCUGCUGUAUGGUUUCUCAAGGGUAUGCCCUUAGUUUUCUCUGUACCUUAUUGUUCAUAUUUAUAAAAAUAAAAAUAAAA